AUGGCUACGUGGGAGGAAAAACGGCAAGAAGAUGAAAAGCUAAAAGACAGAAAAAGAAACAAGAAGAAGAAACUAGAAGACAAAUUGAAAAACGAGAAGAACAAGAACGGGGAUUCGGGUAGCUUAGUGGUGGAAGGAACAGUCAAUGGCAAGAAGACAGUAAUUACUUUUGAUGCUGGAGCUGCAGUAUCCGUGAUGAGACCCAGUAAUGUCAACUCCAGACUACAGCCUUUGGUAAAAAGUCUCAGUUUACGUUCUGUGACUGGGGAGGUUACUCCUGUUAUGGGCGAAGUAGAGGUAGAGCUACAGCUAGGAUGUAAGCGACUACGCCAUAGAAUCUUAGUAGCGGAGAUGGAGGAUGACUUUAUUUUAGGGAUGGAUUUGAUACGUCAACACGGAUUUGCCUUUGACCAUGAACACAACAUCUUGAAGUUUGAGAAGAUCAUUUUUGAAAAACUGGAAAAUAAUCCUGGGAGGUGUGUUGGAUUCGUACAGCAAUCGGAUUGGAACGAAAAAUGUCUAAUCGCGAAAUCGUUAGUCACAUCAAAGAAUGACGUACCUAUCAGGAUAGCCAAUAUUUCCCCGAACCCUGUCAGAAUAAACGAAGGUGAUACGAUAGCGACCUACGAGCCUGUUAGUCAUAUCGUAAGAUGUGAAGAACACACAGGAGUGAAGAAUGAAAAUAAUACCAAUUUGGAAAAUUAUCUCGUCGAAUUUCGGAAAUCCUGGCAACAUCUUUCACAAAGGGAACUGCAGGAAGCAAGGAAAUUUUUGACAACAGAAAGCGACAUAUUUGAAGGAAGAGACGGAACCACAGGUAGAACAAGCGUCAUAGAACACCGAAUUAACACUGGUCAAGCCCAACCUAUUCGUCAGCCACCAAGAAGACUGCCAUUGGUAAAGCAACAGGAAGUAAAACAACUCGUCGAUAAGAUGUUGGAAGGAGUGAUCGAGCCCUCGUCAAGUCCUUGGUCGGCCCCCGUUGUGUUGGUAACCAAAAAGGACGGUUCCACCAGAUUUUGCGUCGNGAUGCAUUUUCACUACCAAUGA